UUAUAAUGCGACGGUUACACUCAAAAACCUGGGUUUCCGCAUUCCACCGUAACGCUCAAAACAUCCUUCCCAUUUAGCAUUUUCUUCAUUUUCAAUUCACUCUUUUUGUUCUUUGCUUUUCCCGUAGCCCAAUUCAGAAACUCGUUCAUGACACUAUCCGGACAACAAUGGUAGAAGCUGCAAUCUCCACGCCCAAAAAACUCGCGCCUCGUUACACCUCAUCGUCCUCGUCUCCUCGGUCGCCGUCGCCGUUCACGCCCAAACGAUCACAGUCGGUGGAGCGAAGACGACCCGGCACUAGUGGCGCCACCCGCACGACGUCGUCUUCUGCCAAAAUACUUCCAGCUUCCGCGAUAACAAGAAGCCUAUCCGUGUCGUUUCAGGGGGAGUCGUUCUGGAUCACCGUCAACAAAGCCAAACCGACAACCAACGUCGUUUCCUCUCCCAAACUCGUCGCGCCGAGAAAAUCGCCGUUGGACGGCGCAUCGUCUCCGCGAGGAGUUAUAAAUAGCAGGGGCCAGGUUUCUUUUAUUCGUCCUGCUUCACCGAACAAGGUUUCUAAUGCAGUGCCAGCCUCUUCUUCUUCUUCCAGAGGUGUGAGCCCCCUGAGGCUCGGAAACGGAGCGUCCUGUAACGAGCCUUCUGUUUUGAGUUUUGCCGUUGAUGUUAAGAGAGGGAGGGUGGGAGAGAACCGAAUUGUGGAGGCGCAUUCGCUGAGGCUUCUCCAUAACCGCCUCUUGCAGUGGCGUUUUGUCAACGCCAGAGCAGAUUCUGAUCUCUCUGCACGGAAAUCCAAUGCUGAGAAUUGUCUCUAUGAUGCUUGGGCAUCUACCACUAAACUACGAGAAUCUGUGAGUUCCAAAAGGAGAGAGCUACAAUUGCUGAAGCAUAAAUUGAAGCUGGUUUUCAUUCUCAAAAAGCAAAUGGUUUAUUUGGAAGAUUGGGCUAUUUUGGAUCAAGUUUACAUAAGUUCACUUGCCGGAGCUAUUGAAGCAUUAAAGGCCAGCACUCUCCGGCUCCCUGUUGUUGAUGGGGCCAAGGCAGAUGUACAUAAAGUGAAGGAUGCUGUUUGUUCAGCUGUGGAUAUAAUGAAGGCCAUGGGAUCCUCCGUAUGCUUUUUGUUACCGAAGGUUGGAUACUUAAAUUCUUUGGUGGUCGAAGUUGCCAACUUGAUUACAAAGGAGCAUGUUUUGCUUGAUGAGUGCAGACACCUUUUAUCAAUGGUAACAACCAUGCAGGUUAGAGAGUGUAGCCUUAGAACGCAUAUUUCACAACUAAAGUGCUUACCGGAAGCUCAACAUCGAAAGUAACAAAGCACAAAACUGUAUGUAUGACCAAGCUCACAUUCUUUGUAAGUUAUGAUUUUGCGUGCUACCAAUUGCUGUGCUUAUCUUGGCCUCGCAUCAAUGCAUACCAUACCUGUAUGAUGCUUUAAGAUGCAGCUUUAUUUAUAUACGCCUUUUUUUCUUUUUCCUAUUGUUAUUUUAAAAAGGUCAAAAUGAUGUAUAUAACUCGUGUAGGAUGUUAUAUUUUAGUUUAAUCUUUUUAUCUGUCGUGUAAUUAGCUCAUUAAUGGUAUAAUUAUGAUGCCGUUAAC